GAUACCUUACAGCGCACUCCUCAUUGCACACGAUGACAUCGAUGCUGUCGUUGCCAUCCUAUUCCAAUGCUUUCUCUCAGUACAGACCCAGCACGAACGCCCAUGUGGACUUUUUGAUCCCUUCGACCAAAGGCAAAGCCGCCGGCUCGAUCGACAAGUCAUCCGUUCGAGUCAUAAAGGUUUCUCUGCCUCCCGUAUCAGGUCCUUCGUCAAAAGAUGAGCUUGCGAUUCUACUCGACUCGAUCGCUCCGCUCCUCGCCGGGCAGCCCACCCGGGCGUCAUACCAGCAACUUUCACAGAUUUGCCGUCGUCUGGUGCUUUGUACAGACUCCAAAGCUCCAGAGAUCUACGAUCACAUAGCCUCAGAGCUCGAUAGGAGCGUCGCUAACUUGGCUAGAGAAUGGCGAGGGUCUAUCAUGAGUCGGGAAAAGGACUGGUUAAAACGCUUGACGAGCGGUUGGAAGGUCUGGGAAAAGCAUGUCGACCUCUUAGCAUCGGUAUUCGUGUAUCUCGAUAGGGUGUAUUCAAACGAACAGAACGGCAGACAGUCGAUCAAAGAGACCGCGAUCAAGGCAUUCUAUCAAGGCAUCUGGACAGAUGUGUACCUCAUGAAGACGAAAGACGAGCUGUUGGGUUGGGCGGCAGCUGAGAGAGAGCAUGAUCUACCCAACACUGAACUUCGCCCAACCAUCAAAUCCUUGAUCGAGCUCUCCUCCAUCGUAGCAGAUGAGCCCUCUCUCGUGGCUCCUUAUAUGGAGCAACUGAUCGACCAUUACACCUCAGUCGCAUCGUUGAACAUUACACGCGUGGAAGAAGGCACAAUGUCUGCAUCAAAAUACGUCGAUUGGGUGCUUAAUAAAGCGGCCGACGAAGUCGAACGCGCCAGAGCCUGCCUGUGGAGAGGCACGGACGCCGAAGUCAAUCCUGUCGUUCUGAAGACAGCUGGGCAUGCAAUGGGAGAUAGGGUCGUCCGAAGGGCACUCGACGAAGCUAUGGACUUCACGAGUGAAAAAGCCUUGGCGAGAUUGUACGAAUUCAGCGUGGCUUGCGAUACCUUCACCCUCUUUGUCAAGGCGCUGUCUGAUCAUAUUGAGGCACGCCUCCGCACUUUGAUCUCAGAUCCUGACAACGAUCCCAAAAUGAUAGACUCCACUUUGACACUGAAAAAGUUCACUGACAAGAGCAUUGCGCGCUUGUUCGUCGAGCCUGAUGGUGAUACAGAUAUGGCCGAAGCGACGACUGUCAGUGCGGUCGAGAGGAUCCGACAGAUCGAGCUGGAGGAUGCCAUCCGGAGAGGGUUCAAAGCGGGAAUGGGUAGCCGACAAAAUGCUCCUGCGGAAUGGAUCGCCAAGCACCUCGAUGCGGCGAUGAGACGGGGACAGGGGUCUGGCACAGAGGCUCAAUUCAAUGCUUUGCUCGAUGAAGUGAUCGCUCUCAUAGGCUUCACAAAGGACAAGGACGUUUUCAAAGCGUUCUAUUCGACUCAGCUGGCCAAGCGAUUGUUGCUGAGCAAGAGUGCCAGUGAUGAUAUGGAACGAAACAUGAUCGUCAAGCUUCAGCGGGAGAUGGGCGAAGAGUUCACCUCGGGAGACGUGAUGAUGAAAGAUCUGUCGCUGUCUGAAACCCUCGUCAAAGCGUAUCAAUCAGCUCAGGCGAAGAAUCCAGACGAAUUCAAGCAUGCCGGUGACUUUGCAGCCAACGUCUUGACGGAAUCGGCCUGGCCGGCGUAUCCUCUGCUAAAGGACGGCUGGAACUUUAAGCUCACCCCUGAGCUACAGUCAUCUAUCGAUCAAUUUACCUCAUGGUACGCUACUCAGCACAAGAAUAGGCAGCUCUCAUGGCGUUGGCAAUUGGCCACGGUCACGUUGACUGCUCGAUUCCCUUCCGGGAAAUACGAGAUUGGGGUGUCCUUGUUCCAAGCUGUUGUCUUGCUCCAAUUUAAUGCAGACGAUGCACUGGACUUCAACGAGAUUCAGCAAAGGACAGGUAUCGAGAAAUUGGAGUUGGUUCGAACAGUCCAGUCUCUUUCUAUGGGUCGGAAAGGAACGCGAGUGUUGGUCAAGAAGCCGGCUGGGAAGGAGGUCAAUCCCACCGACACGUUUGGCUGGAACAAGGCGUUCACCUCGGACAGGAUCAAGUUCCGAAUCAAUCAGAUCCAACAGGAUAUGUCGGCCGAAGAGAGUCGAAAGACAAACGAACAAGUGGCUGUGGAUCGAGUAUCUGUCCUGGAAGCCACCAUUGUUCGGAUCAUGAAGGCCAAGAAGAAGAUGACUCUUCAAUUGUUGAUCGACGCCGUGGUGACAGAUGUCAAUAAACGAUUCCCGCCUGACAUUAAGGAGAUCAAGAAGCGCAUGGAGAGCUUGAUCGAGCGGGAAUUUUUAGCUAGAGACGAGGAUGACAGAAACUUGUUGCAUUAUCUCGCGUAGGAGGAUUCGAUAAUGUUUGUACGUCGUAUGAAGCCUGGCAGUAUGCAUAGCGUUGUAUCC